CUAAAAAUACACCUAAAAAUACACACUGGAGAGAAUCCGUAUUCCUGCUCUGACUGUGGGAAGACUUUCUCCCGAUUGGAUACCUUAAAAACACAUGAACAUAUACAUACAGGAAAGAAUCUGUAUUCCUGUACUGUCUGUGGGAAGACUUUCUCCCGAUUGGAUACCUUUAAAACACAUGAACGUAUACAUACAGGAGAGAAUCCAUAUUCCUGUACUGACUGUGGGAAGAGCUUCACAACAUCAGGAACUCUGACAAUUCAUCAGAGAGUGCACACUGGAGAGAAGCCUUACUCCUGCUCUGACUGUGGGAAGAGGUUCUCUCAACAGAUCCAUUUACAAAAACACCAACAUACUCAUACUGGAGAGAAGCCUUACUGCUGCUCUGACUGUGGGAAGAGUUUCUCUCAACAGAACCACUUCAAAUGUCACCAGCGAAUACAUACAGGCGAGAAGCCUUACUCCUGCCCUGACUGUGGGAAGAGUUUCAUCCGAUUGGAUAUAUUAAAAUGCCACCAGCGAAUACAUACAGGAGAGAAGCCUUAUUGCUGCUCUGAGUGUGGGAAGGGUUUCUCCCAACUGGGUAAUUUAAAAACACACCAACUUAUACAUAAAGGAGAAAAGCCUUACUCCUGCUCUGACUGUGGGAAGUGCUUCACAACAUCAACUGAUGUAAAAGUUCAUAAAAGAGCACACACAGGAGAGAAGCCUUACUACUGCUCUGACUGUGGGAAGAGUUUCUCCCGAUCACAGGCUCUGACAGUUCAUCAGAGAGUACACACUGGAGAGAAACCUUACUCCUGCUCUGAUUGUGGGGAGCGUUUCUCUCAUCAGAGCAACUUAAAAACACACCAACGUAUACACACAGGAGAGAAGCCUUACUACUGCUCUGACUGUGGAAAAUGUUUCACAACAUCAACUGGGCUAAGAGUUCAUCAGAGAACACACACAGGAGAGAAGCCUUACUUCUGUUCUGACUGUGGGAGGAGUUUCAUAACAUCACGGACUCUGACAGUUCAUCAGAAAAUGCACACGGGAGAGAAACCUUACUACUGCUCUGAUUGUGGGGAAAGUUUUUCUCAACAGAGCAAUUUUAAAACACACCAACGUACACACACAGGAGAUAAGCCUUACUACUGCUCUGACUGUGGAAAGGGUUUCUCUCAACAGAUCCACUUAAAAUGUCACCAGCGAAUACACACAGGAGAGAAGCCUUACUCCUGCUCUGACUGUGGGAAGGGUUUCUCCCAACAGAGCAACUUAAAAUGUCACCAACGCAUACAUAAAGGAGAGAAGCCUUACUCCUGCUCUGACUGUGGGAAGUGCUUCACAACAUCAACUGAGCUUAAAGUUCAUCAAAGAGGACACACAGGAGAGAAGCCUUACUCCUGCUCUGACUGUGGGAAGAGUUUCUCCCAACAGGGCAGCUUAAAAAUACACCAACGUAUACAUAAAGGAGAGAAGCCUUACUCCUGCUCUGACUGUGGGAAGUGCUUCACAACAUCAAGUGAGCUGAAAUCUCAUCAGAGAACACACACAGGGGAGAAGCCUUACUGCUGCUCUGACUGCCAGAAGAGUUUCUCCCAAUUGGCUACCUUAAAAACACAUCAACGUAUACAUAAAGGCAAGAAGCCUCAUCAGUUGUCUCAGGCCAGUUAAGAUUAGUCACUCCAUCACUGCAUUCUCAUCUCAUAAAGGAAGUGGUAACAGUGAAUUUGAUAACAUUAAGACUAACACUCAUUUGUAAUCCUAUUGUUUCUCACUGACAACUGUGCAGAGGAAAGGGAGCGUUAUAGAAUGUCAUUGGAAAUAUAUAUUUUUUGGGGUGGUGCUGGAGAUGUUGAAUAUGACGUUGAAACAUUUAAACAUUUUCCUUUAAGGCAAAAACAAAAGGAGGGUGGUUGGUUGGUCGGGGUGGAUAGGUCAGCAUAUAACAUGAAUGUCUAGCAACCCAAAGGUUUCAUGUUCAAAUCU